CAUGGCAGAAUUGCGCCCUUGUCUCCUUGGUACCCUAUAAGGUGCCCAUUAUGCCCCCUCCCAAGGCCCACGGUCCCUUCUUUCCCCCUUACUCCAUUCCUCCGCCCUCGCCAAGACCCCCAAACUUCGUCCCACGAAGCACAACCUGAAUUAGCGUGUAUACUCAACGGUCGGCUCAGAAUAAGAAGAACCGGACAUGGCUUUACAAUUCCUAGCCAACAGCAAUGGGUGGCUCAGCUUCAAUCACAGCACGCCGACUCUCUACAUUACAGCUGAGGACGACGAGUUUGACCUAGAAACGUUGCGUGCAUGGAAGGAGGAAGGCUUCGACGUGAGGUAUCUUCCGAUGGGUAAAGGAGGGAAGACAUACGUGAAUGCGCUUCACCGUCUGGGCGAUGGAAUGAGUAUUGGGGAGAGAUAUGCAAUCGUAGCAUUUGGAGAUGCCGCUUCAAUAUGCCUGGAAGUGUUCUCCGAACCCUCAACAUCGACCUCCAAACUUUGCUCAUUGAUCGCAUACUAUCCGUCAUCCAUACCUGACCCACGCCAACGCUUCAGCGCCUCAUUUCGAGUCUUGGUACAUCUUGCGGGAGGCUCCACAACCUCUGAGAGCACCAUAGGAGUUACACGACGCCCAGAAGUCCUCGGGAUACAGGGGAGACGUCGAACGGUGCAGAAGCGUAUAACACCGGGGAUAGGCGCAGGGGGUUUGCAAUCGAAAAUUGAAUUUCCAGUAUACACGUAUGAGGGCGUAGAUACCGGGUUCGCAGAACACGACCUCGACGAAUACGACCCAGUCGCAGAUGCUCUAGCAUGGAGUAGAAGUCUCAGCAUGGUCAGACGCGGCUUCGGCGCCGAAGUAGAUUUAGAGCGAGUAUGGGAAGAGAACGUCGAACAGAAAAUCCAUGGUAAAGACGCAUCUAAAUUAGUCGAUACAUUCGUCACCCAGCCAACACCAUUUGUAAAUUAUACUCCCACGAUGACUGGUGGCAUCGGGGUGGGAGAACUAUCCCGUUUUUAUAAAGACUACUUUCUUCCCUCCUCCCCGCCUUCCUUCCACAUGCGCUUAGUGUCGCGUACCAUCGGGGUAGACCGCAUUGUCGACGAGCUGUAUAUCCAAUUCAAGCAUACAUUGCAAAUACCCUGGAUCCUUCCCGGAAUACCACCCACGAACCAGAAGGUUGAAAUAGUAGUUGUCAGCAUCGUAGGGAUGAGGGGAGGAAAGAUAUGGCAUGAGAGGAUAUAUUGGGAUCAAGCAAGUGUAUUGUUUCAAGUGGGGUUACUUGAUCCGGAGGAGGUCCCGGAGGAGUAUAGGAAGGAUGGUUUAGAAAUGCUGCCGGUUGCAGGAAGUGAGGCAGCAAGGAAGAUUAUGGAAAUGGAAAGUGAGGAAGGGAAUGAUAUGAUUGAUGAUUGGUGAAGAGUUGGUUUAGUGAUGGAGUUGAG